AUGGCUGCCAAUGAAAGUUCCUUCGGGACCUCCAUGCAUGGAGUGACAGGCAGAGAACAAACCUUUGCUCUCUCCAUUGAUUCUCUCACUGUCCCUACUGAUACCACACCAAAAUUUGCCCUACCAGUUGAUUCUGAGCAUAAAGCAAAAGUCAUCAAAAUCUUCUCCUUUGCUCAACCUCACAUGAGAGCCUUCCACCUCUCAUGGAUCUCCUUCUUCACCUGUUUCGUCUCCACCUUCGCGGCUGCUCCUCUCGUUCCGGUCAUCCGUGACAACCUAAACCUAACCAGAUCAGACAUCGGGAAUGCCGGAGUUGCCUCCGUUUCUGGCAGCAUCUUCUCUAGGCUUGUGAUGGGUGUGGUUUGUGACCUAAUAGGGCCACGGUAUGGUUGUGCAGUUCUCAACUUGUUAGCAGCUCCAACUGUGUUUUGCUUUUCGUUUGUUUCGUCGGCUCAAGGGUUCAUAGCCGUCCGGUUCAUGAUCGGAUUCUCCCUCGCGACGUUCGUGUCGUGUCAGUACUGGAUGAGCACAAUGUUUAAUAGUAUGAUCAUUGGGCUUGUCAAUGGAACCACCGGUGGAUGGGGUGACAUGGGUGGCGGAAUCACUCAGCUUCUCAUGCCAUUUCUUUAUCAUGUCAUUAAACUAGCAGGAGCUGCCCCGUACACCGCGUGGAGGAUCGCUUUCUUCAUCCCCGGGUGGCUUCAUGUGAUCACAGGGAUCAUGGUCUUAACUCUUGGCCAAGACUUGCCUGACGGCAACCUCAGCACCCUACAAAAGAAGGGUGAAGUUGCCAAAGAUAAAUUCUCAAAGGUGUUUUGGUAUGCAGUCAAAAACUACCGGACAUGGAUCUUUGUACUGCUCUAUGGCUAUUCCAUGGGUGUAGAAUUGUGCAUCAACAAUGUUAUCGCAGAAUAUUUCUAUGACAGGUUUGAUCUAAAGCUACACACAGCCGGAAUGAUUGCAGCCACCUUUGGCUUGGCAAACAUUGUGGCUCGACCUUUCGGUGGCUAUGCUUCAGACCUAGCAGCAAGAAAAUUCGGCAUGCGAGGGAGGUUAUGGACCCUUUGGGUGGUUCAAACCCUAGGAGGUGUAUUCUGUAUUUGGCUAGGCCGUGCCAAUUCACUCCCACUCGCUGUCCUAGCCAUGAUCCUCUUCUCUAUUGGAGCUCAAGCCGCGUGUGGAGCGACAUACGGCAUCAUUCCCUUCAUUUCCCGGCGAGCUUUGGGGCUAAUCUCGGGCCUAACCGGUGCAGGAGGCAACUUUGGAGGCGGUGUGACACAACUAAUGUUCUUCUCAAACUCAAGAUUCUCCACUGCUGCAGGUCUGUCUUGGAUGGGUGUCAUGGCUGUAGCUUGCACUCUUCCUGUGGCACUGGUUCACUUUCCUCAGUGGGGAAGCAUGUUCCUUCCGCCAUCUAAAGAUGCCAAAUACACAGAAGAACAUUACUACGCAUCGGAGUGGAAUGAGGAGGAGAAAGAGAAGGGCUUGCAUCAAGGAAGUGUCAAGUUUGCCGAGAACAGCCGGUCGGAGCGCGGCAAGAGAUCAGUAGCAUCACUGUCAACCCCGCCCAACUCUACUCCAAUCCAUGUUUAAUGUAUAUAAUUUAGUAACACUAGUAUUAGUAUCAUGCAUGAUGCUAGUGGAACUUAGCUAGUAAACUCAAUUGGAAAAAUAAAAAAUAAAAAAGAGCAAGUCUGUGAUGAGGGCACAAUCAACCGGCUCAUAUCAGAGCUGCAAGAUCCAACGGCGAUGAGGAUGUGAGCUCGCUGAGAAUACCCUUGUCAUAGCAUUUGCCAAAGAAAAGAAGAAGGAAAAAAAAUUAAAAAAAAAUUCCUACUACUACCAUAGUUUCUGAUUUCAUGAUUUCAGCAUAUCUACCACAACAAUCGUACGCCGUACAGAUUGAACCGUCCUGAUCAUGCCAUUUUUUUCUUUGUUACGUAUGCAUGCAUAUUUUGUUUUUUUUUUGUUUUUUUUUUUGGUUGAAUUGCAGAUUUUGUUUUGCUCUGUCCGUCCUCUACUUGUGUUAUUUUAAUUCUAGUUUAAAUGGUCAUGAAAUGUACGUAAGUUGAAUUUUUUGUGUUGUUUAAUAAUAUUUCUCAUCUUUUCCUUUCACUUUUCGUGUAUCUCUGAAAUCUUAAUUAAAAUGUUAGUCUUGUAUCCUUUGAAUUCAAGAAUUUCUA